AUGACUAGAGACUAUCGGCAGUCAGAUCGGAAACACAAUGAUGAAUUAGAAGAGUUCAUUCAUCUGAUGUAUUCUUCAAUAUCACUAAAUGUUAAGGCUUGUGCUGUAAAAUAUAUUCGAAUGCAAUGUGCAUUACCAUCACGAAAGAAUCUUGAUCGACUGGUAAGCCUUUAUACAGCAGGUUAAGA